AUGUCAUCCCGAGGCCCUCCCGCUGGCGCCCGCGGCAUGAACAACCGCUUUGCUCAGUUCAAGCUCGUUCUUCUUGGUGAAUCCGCCGUCGGAAAGAGCUCAAUAGUCCUGCGGUUCGUCAAGGAUCAGUUUGACUCUUUCAGGGAGUCCACCAUCGGCGCCGCAUUCCUGACACAAACCAUAUCCCUCGACGAGAACACCACGGUCAAGUUCGAAAUUUGGGAUACUGCUGGACAGGAGCGCUACAAGUCCCUCGCCCCCAUGUACUACCGCAACGCAAACUGCGCCGUUGUCGUCUACGAUAUUACACAAUCCUCAUCACUAGACAAGGCCAAGGCUUGGAUCAAGGAACUUCAGCGUCAGGCCAAGGAGGAUAUCAUCAUCGCCCUUGCUGGAAACAAGCUUGAUUUGGUUACAGAACAACCCGAUAAACGUGCCAUUCCCACCGCCGACGCGGAGGCCUACGCCAGAGAGGCCGGUCUUUUGUUCUUCGAAACCUCAGCAAAGACGGCCGAGAACAUCCGCGAACUAUUCACUGCCAUUGCCAAGAAGCUUCCUAUAGAUCAAGCUGGGGCUCGACAUGCUCGUCCCGGUCAGCGACCUGGCGUCAGUCUGGCUCCUGAAAACGCAAACACCAACAGAUCUUUCGCCGAUGCUAGGAAGCCAGAUGCCGACAUUCCCAAGCCUCCUGUGAUGCCGACAUCUGAGACCCUGAGCUCCGAAAGAAGCCCACCUCCAUCAGCUGCCGAAGUUGUUGAUGCAAAUAUCCCGAAAGCCGACCAAGUCCCCUUGACGCCUCCUCACCCUACUCGUCCUCCUAAUCACACUCCUACUCCUCCUCCCCCGACUGGGGCUGCCAAGCCUGCCACCAAGACUCCUCCGCCGCCUCCCCCGAAGAAGAGCUUUUCACAGAGACUACGAAACUUCGUCUUCACAUUGAUGAUUGUCAGCGCUGUUGGUUUUGCUGGCGGUGUUUGGUACUCGCGAAUCAACGAUAAUUUCCAUGACUUUUUCACCGAGUACAUUCCGUACGGAGAGCAGGCUGUGCUUUACCUUGAGGAGCUCGAGUUCAGGAGGAGGUUUCCCAACGCCGUGAGCCACGACUCCCGACCCCGCGAAACCGGCAAGCAAGUCAAGAUUCCCGCACAAAGCGGCGCUUCUUGGAGGGUGGCUGAAAGCUCCGACGCCUCUACUCGCCAUUCAAGUGCCUCUCCUGCUGCCACGAACCCCGUGACGAAGCAGCCAGAGAACAAGAAUGAGGCAGAGAGGACGUCAUCUAACCCCGUCCUUGCGCAAUCCAAGCCAGCCGAAAGGGCAACGCCCAAGGUUGUUCACGAUGAGCCUAGCGCCAGCUCACCCCAGUCAUCUCCAAAGCAAUUCAAGGCGCCUGAAGUUAACGAGCCGUCUCGAUUCCCGCCUCUUGAGCCCAUUGAUUUGAUGAAGCUCCCUGACGCCAAGGAUCCCAUCGUCCGAGAUCUUGUGCACAUGCUCAACGACCUAAUUUUGGUUGUGAAUGCUGACGGUGCCCACGGUCGCUACUCCACCACCAUUGACAAGGCUAAAAGCGAGAUUCUCCGCAUCGGCAGCCGUCUCCAGGAUUUGAAGGAGGGCACUGAGAAGAAGGCGGCUGGCCUGGUCAAGGCUUCAAUCGAGGAGUUUGACAGCGCCGCCACUGAGCUCAUCAAGCGCGUUGAGAACACCAUGUUGUCUCAGGAGAUUGAGUGGCGCCGUGAGUUUGAGGAAGAAAUGAAAUCUGUCCGCGACAGCUACGAUGAACGGAUUCAGCUGUUGAUGGAACGAGAGAAGAAGCUCAACGAGGAGAAACUGCGGAACCAGCUGUUGGAGCAGGCUUUGGCUCUUAAGAAGGAAUUCGUGCAGGAGGUCAAGGACCGUGUGGAGAAUGAGAGAGAAGGUCGUCUCGGCAAGCUCGCGGACCUGAGCUCGGCAGUCUCCGACCUGGAGAAGCUCGCAGUUGGCUGGAACGGUGUCGUUGACGCCAAUCUCAAGACUCAGCAGCUCCACGUUGCUGUCGAAGCCGUUCGUGCCCGUCUGGAGAAGGCCACUCACCCCGAGCCAUUUAUCCGAGAGCUGAUUGCUCUGAAGGAGAUUGCCGGCGACGACGCCGUGGUCGACGCUGCCAUUGCUUCUCUCAACCCGCUCGCUUAUCAGCAUGGUGUUUCCCCUCCGUCUCUGCUGGUGGACAGAUUCCGUCGCGUCGCAGCCGAGGUCAGGAAAGCCUCUCUUCUGCCUGAUGACGCGGGUGUUGCAAGCCACGCCUCCGGCUGGAUCCUCAGCCACGUCCUGUUCAAGAAGAAGGGACUUGCCGAGGGCAACGAUGUCGAGAGCAUUCUAACACGCACACAAACAUAUCUAGAAGAGGGCGACUUGGAUUCAGCGGCGCGAGAAAUGAACAGCCUGCGAGGAUGGGCCAAGACGCUCAGCAAAGAUUGGUUGGGGGAGGUGCGCAAAGUCUUGGAAGUUCAGCAGGCACUUGACGUUAUUGCCACCGAGGCUAGACUCCAGAGCUUAAGGGUAGAUUAA